AUGGAACUUAUUUCAAAAAUUCGGUUGGAGGAGAAACAUUCUUCGGCUUCAAAUGGAAUGUUGCUUGCCAAAUUGUUCUCACAAUGGGCCUUGUCAGAAGUCAGAUAUCAAGGUUGUUCACAGAUACGCACACAGGAAGAGGAAACAAAGUGCCAAAUGGAUGAUGAGAUGUUGUCAAAAGAGAACGACAAAAGGCUAUCCACUAUGCUUCCCACAAAAUGCGUUCACCCCACUCGACUGACGGGUGACGCCCAGUCCGCUCCGUGCUCUCCAAUGGCUGACGUACGAAACUGGUACUGGAGGCGUACUGAACGAUCCGCAACCCGACGUUGUUCCCAGUCCACGAAUCAAAAAUGCCACUGUACAUCUAUUCCCUCGGAGUGGCCGGCGUCACAAACCGUGCGUGUUGGGCGCGUCCAUUCCGGACCACAACGAAUCACAUUUCCCGGUCAACCUUGCGGAUAUUCAACAUGUACUGGAGCUCAACUUGAACGAGUGCACUCAGUACGCACGGAAAAGCAGAGGCACAGUCAGUGUGCAUCAUACUUAGGCAGAUUUUCUGAGAUAAAAUCAUGCGAAUCUGAAGGAGACAAUCAUCUGUCAUCGGACCAAAGGGAUACAGAGAGCCCGUUAGAUUCGAAUGUACGCAUCGGUCUAAUUGAGAAUUUGCACAGAGCACCCCGUGCUCAUACGGGUCCUGUCUACAGUCCUACCGAUAGUCUAGAGGCCACAAUUUUCAAGCUUUCGAAAUCCAGCGCUCCAUACGUGCUAACCGCGGAUAAUCGGAUAGCUAGGCUUUCGGAUUUUGACAGCCACUUGGUUGACACCUCCCCGGCCACGGUCGUGCAUAAUGAUUUACACGCGGCUGGGUCAGGUGCCACCAGAACUGACGAUCAGGGAUUACAGACGAACGGCAAAGAGUGCAUGCGUGAAGUCACCCUGCAACGACGCUAUCCACAGCAACGUUUCGGAAUGAAACUGGACCGAACUGAAAGUCCUGAAAAGAUAACCUAUAUAGCUAUGAUUUUACCAGAAUCUCCAGCAUCCCAAGCCGGGUUGCGUGUCGGUGACCAAGUACUACGAGUAAAUCAGACUGACGUGCAACAAAUGGAGCUGGAUGAUUUGUUGAACCGAAUUCGAUCCGCUGAUCAGUCGUUGCGUGUUGUCUAUCAGUCUCGACCGACAUGCGGUCUCACAAAAACCAUGAUCAUCCGAAAACAGUGUGGCAAACUGGGCAUUCGGUUACGCACAGAGCCUUCGGGACUUGUGGUUGAUGUUGUCCUAUCUGGGUCACCAGCUGCUUCUGUCGGAUUACUGGCCGGUCAGCGUUUGCUCGGACUGAAUGGACAGCACGUAGGUGGAUGGGAUCAACGCACCGCGAUGAACUGGUUGCGCACCUAUCCGAAUGACACAGAUUUGGCAAUCACUGUGCUUGACUGUGUGGAACCGCGUGGCUGUACAAGCAUGCAUACUCAUCCUGACAGCUCUAGCUCGGAUCAGACAGAGUCCUAUGAGCAAGUGAACGGGGAUUGUGGUGACAGUUGUCCGGAGGCUGAACAAAACAAAGAAGCACCUCAGUGUGAUGGAAAACGGUGUGGGCUCCGCCGGUCCUGUUUACUGGAAAUGGAUUCCACUAGUGUUUAUGAUAGUGUUAUCAAUGUUGCGAAAAUCGUUCUUGCAGCCGAUCAGUCCGGAUCGGAAAACUAG